CAGACAAAUAAUUAUUGUUUGACUGUGCACGCGUAUAAUAAUAUGACGUUAUGUUACCGUGUUAUACGCGCGAUAAUGUAUAAUACCAUGGUUACACGCGUUAGCCUCCCGCGACUGCAGUAGUGGUCCUACGACUCGAAUCCUGUGAACACUGUUGCUAUAAUAUGAUCGCGUUUGGUAAAAAAGUUUCAUCGGUAGAAAUUUUAGUUCGGAAAAAACUAAGUCAGUGAUUUUUUUUUUUUUGGCUGAGACCCGGUGAUCGUACGCAAUACCAACAAUAUUGCUGUACAUUCAUCGUAGUAUAUAGAUUCACUUGUGCAGUCGUCGUCGUCGUCACUCGUUUCUGCCACCAACCGCUAUGAUGGUCACAUCCCUUGGAAGCUCCGCUGUCGUCAAGUAACCACCAACAUACGGCAGCAACGCGAGAAGAAGCUGCAUCGUCGUCGGUUGACCAUAUAAUACCUCACGUUUAUAUUAUAUAAUACAUACGAUUUACAGUGAGUGUGCGUGUUUGAGUAUAUAUGUGCUCCAAGAAGAAGGGAUGUAUUCUACGAAGGAAAUGAACGAUUACAAAUAUUCAAAAACCGCGUCGAUUCUCGGCAAGCUCGUUCACGUAAUAAGGAUUUUCGGCGUGUUCACCGCUAUCGUAAUGUUCGGGGUAGGUGUCGACAUCACGAUACAUCAUCACGAAUUUGGACUUUAUAUCAUGCUAAUGGCAUUGUUGGUGUUUUUUUUGGAAAUUACUUGGGCUAUCACAUUGUUCCUAAAUGUAUGCAUAAAAAGCGAAUUCAAUCCGAUAUUCAACUGUUGGGAAAUAGUGUUGUGGUUGAGGCUUUGGAAAAAAUCACUGCUGUACACAGUUUUCUCGCUGGUGUUCUUUUUAUGGCCUCACGGUCUAUGGCUUUCUAACAUAGCAGGUGCUCUGCUGUUGUGGCUAUCAUUUUUAUACAUAGUCAUCACGUUCAAAGACUUCUUACACAAACGUUCGGACUUCGCUAUUGUGCCCAAAGGACAAGCGUCCACGUCGUACGACCAGUACGAUGACAUAACUGAUUUGCUCGGAGACUCUAUUCAUGUGUCAUUGUCCGCUGACAAUCUAUCAGAAUUAGACCAGGAUGGAAUAUUAGAACUAUAAUAAUAUUGUUAUGUACAAAUAUUUGUGUUAUUUUUAAUAAUAUAUUCUGUAAAUACAUUCUUAUUUAAUAUUUAUAAUUAAAUAAAUAAAAUAUAAUUUGUUUUGUUAACUA